ACACAGCCUUUGCCACACACCCAUAAGCUGAGCUCCCAUUAUUCUCACCUGCCGAUCGCUAUCCAUCGCUCUCUCGCGUCAUCCUACGUACGCCGGCUUAGCUAGAGCUAGCUCGAUGGCCAGACCAGCGCCGUCGCCGCUGCUCCUGUUGGCCGUGCUGGUCGGCGCGCUGGCCGGCGGAGGCGAGGCGGCGCUGCUGAAGGCGCACUUCUACAGGCCUAGCUGCCCGGCGGCGGAGGCGGUGGUGCGCGACAUCGUGCUGGCCCGCGUCGCCGCCGACCCCGCCGCGCUGCCCGCGAGGCUGCUCCGCCUCUUCUUCCACGACUGUUUCGUCAGGGGGUGCGACGCGUCGCUGCUGAUCGACUCGACGGCGGGCAACACCGCGGAGAAGGACGCUGGGCCGAACGGGUCGCUGGGCGGCUUCGACGUCAUCGACACCGCCAAGGCCGUGCUGGAGGCCGUCUGCCCCGGCGUCGUCUCCUGCGCCGACAUCGUCGCGCUCGCUGCGAGGGACGCCAUCUCCUUCCAGUUCGGUCGUGACCUGUGGGACGUGCAGCUCGGGCGGCGCGACGGCGUGGUGUCGAGCGCGUCGGAGGCGCUGUCCAACAUACCCUCGCCGUCGGAUAACUUCACCACCCUCGAGGCCAAAUUCGCCAGCAAGGGCCUCGACGUUAAGGACCUCGUCAUUCUCUCGGGCGCGCACACCAUCGGCGUCGGCCACUGCAACCUCUUCGGCAGCCGCCUCUUCAGCUCCACCACCGCCGGUGUCGCCCCCGCCACCGACCCGACCCUCAACGCCGCCUACGCCACUCAGCUGCGCGCCGCGUGUGGGUCGCCCUCCAACAACGUCACCGCCGUGCCUAUGGACCCCGGCAGCCCCGCCCGGUUCGACUCCCACUACUACGUCAACCUCAAGCUCGGCCGUGGCCUGUUCCGCUCCGACGCCGCACUGCUCGCCGACCGCCGCGCCGCCGACAUGAUCCACGCGCUGACCAAGGAAGGCUACUUCCUGCAGGAGUUCAAGAACGCCGUGCGCAAGAUGGGCCGCGUCGGCGUGCUCACCGGCGGGCAGGGAGAGAUCAGGAGAAACUGCAGGGCCGUCAACUCAUGAACUGAUUGAUUGGUACAUAACUACAUAUACGCUGUGAUGUCUUGGUGGUAAUUAGUUAUGAUUAGUUUGUUUGUGUUUACAUGAGGGUCGGGCCUGUAUAUCCUUGGUGUUGACAUGAGGGGAGCCGUAAUGAAUAAUCAGGCCGGCUAUUGUCGAACACGAAGACUAGGCCGGCUAUGGAUUAUUGGGUUGCACAAUUUAUUUAUUUUUGUGGUUUCGAGUUGCAUAA